AAAAUGUGGAAAAAGUGAAGGGGUCUGAAUACUUUCCGAAUGCAUUGUACGUACCAUACUGUCGAGGUAGUUGUUAUUAAAUAUUCACUGAAGUCAGGGGGAAGGAUUGUCCGUGGGGAUGACCGGGAAGAUAAAAAAUAUAAAAAUAAAGGUGAGAACUGUUUGAUAAUGAACAAAAAAUAAAGUCAUACUGUAAUGCCUGGGCUGUCAGGUUCGGAUUAUUCAUGGUUGGUUACUAGAAUUUUGUCAAAUAUUCCGACAUUUUUAAAUAAAUGCUUUAAAUCAAUAUAUAUAGCAGUGUUAGAAUGUAUUUGUAAUGUUUUGAUUUCACAUCUGUUACACACACUAAACAAUAAAACCGAUCCUAAUACAGCAGACCACCACAGCUGUGACAGCAUGGCUGAGGUAAUCAGGAGAACGGACUGUGACUCAGGCUGGGGAGGUUCACUGAAGAGGAGAGGGACGCUGUGAAGUGGAUCCAGGAGAGCUUUGAAUCGAGGCCCCCAAAGUUCACCAGAGUGCUUGCUGUUCACACAGACCAGUUGAAGGGUAAACCUAUAAUGGCCUUUCUGCAGAGCAGUCCAGACCUUCAGGCGCUCGUUGCUAACUGGUAGUGGAUCCAAUGUCUUCAACAUUGAAGACAAAGGCAACAUUGGACAAGUUAAACCACUGCUGGAAAACAUUGAUACAGUUUCAUACCAGAACUGGGGAUACUACUACAUGGAAGAGGCAGAAAGAAAGAUCAGAGCUGAAGACUAACAGAAGAGAGAAGAGGCUGAGAGACAACAGAGGUGAAGAGCAAAGAAAGACAGUAUUUUACAACAUACAUUUUCUGCCUUACAGGAGGCAAAACGUUUUCUGACUUGUAAAAUGUCUAGCACGACUAGCCACAUUUAUUUUUGUCUCUUCAAACAGUAGCUAAGUGUGUUACUAUGUGGUUAUGUUUAUGGUUUUAGGUACAGACUAUUCAUUCACAGACAGUCCAUGCACAGAUGAAAAGGUGAAACCCAGAAGAAUUAGGGGGGAUGUCUAUAAGAGUCUUUAUCUCUUAUAGAACAUUUUAUAGUAUGGAAAUUGAACGAAAUGUCUGAUUCAUCCGAUCCGCUAGGUGGCAGCAUUGUGAAUGUGGAGGUCUUGAACAAAAUCAGCAGAAACAGUCACUACUUCACUUGCGCUGUGGCUAGAUGUGGUAUUAUUUAUCUUGGAAUGCAACAGUGUUUAUUGCAAACAGGGAUUGCAAUUAUUUCUCUGAAAUUAAAUGUACUGGCUUCUCAGUAAACCGACUCGUACCACCCAUGACCGCUGCAGAUUGUUGCUUCCGUCUCUGCAGAUGAUGACCAGCCCAGUUUCCCUGCCCAGAUUGAUACUAGGGCUAUUGUUCCCCUGCUCAGACGUUCCAUGCAUUGACCAAUGGUUGCGUGCCACGCCAUCGACUGUGUCAUCGACUGACAGAUAGCUAUAACAUGAUUUGGUUAGUUGAUACAAUGCCUGGAUAGGUUUUUUUAAGUAAGAUGUCAGACGUCAGCAACUUUUGAGCAGAGAAACGCGCCUUACAUCACCUCAAAAUGGAGGGAGUCUCACUGCAUAGCGUUAACCUGAAUCAACUCAAAAUGGCAGCUGACGUUUCUUUACCCAUCUUGAGACUCCACAGACUGACGAAGGAUCAACAGUCUCUCGGAGCUCAGAAGAACAACAACAAACCAGGCAGAAAACCAACGAGGAAAAACUCCACAGGAAAAGGAAAUGACUCUGCUGACACCAAAAGUGUUUCUAGCCAGGUAUCACCGGCCCCUAAGCGGUGGGGUCGCCCCAAGGGAAGCAAAAACAAACCCAAGAUAAGUCUACAACUCUCCAGCAUCAUCCUGAGGCCUGACGCGGUAAAACAAGAGGUGAAACAAGAGAUGGACGAGCUGCCUAUCGGGACAAGAAUUGAACACUGUUUGAACGCUGUGAAGCCAGAGAGCUACGACCCAGAGAUGGGUAACACCAGGGAACCUCCUACAGAGAGCGACCCCAAGACAGAUGCACGUCACCUGGGUAUCAAGACAGAGGAUUCCCCCCUGUACUUCCAAGAUGGAAGGAGACGUCUGCGGUCGGCUACCGGCCAGCCGUUAAAUCUGACUGCAUUCCGGUCCGACCCAGAAUGGCGGCCUCGCAACCAGAAGGUCCGCCGGUUUCCGUGCCCGGACUGUGGACGGAAGUUCUUCUCCAAAACCACGCUGAAGUUCCACUCCCGGAUCCACACGCAGUACCGGCCGUAUUCCUGCGAUGUGUGCCGUAAGACGUUCUCCCGGAAAGCCGGCUUGGACGAGCACCGGCCAAUCCACGAUGCGGAACGCCCAUUCGCCUGCCACCAAUGCGGCAGAACCUUCACAUUCAAAUCUAACCUGACCCGGCACAUGCGGUUCCACAGUGAUGCUCAGCCCUACGUCUGCUCCCAGUGUGGCCAAGGCUUCAAGAUCUCCGCCCACCUGAAGCGCCACAUGACGGCCCACAGCGGGUGUAAACUGUUCGUGUGCCCGGAGUGCGGCCAGAGUUUUGUCCGUUACAUGAGUCUGAAGUAUCACCGACUGAGCCACACCGGCGAGCGCCCGCUGUCCUGCCCAGAGUGUCCCAUGACCUUUGCCCGGCCGCAAACCUUUAUGGUCCACCGGCUGAAACACACCGGGGAGACACCGUUCUCUUGCCAGGACUGUGGGAACAGUUCAAACAGGGGUGCAAGCUGAAAGAACACAUUAGAAGGAAACACACAGGGGAAGAAACCAUACAAAUGCUCUGAAUGUGACAAGUGCUUUGUCACUUCGGCGUCCCGUAAUGCACACAUGGUUGUCCACACAGGAGAGAAGCCGUACAAAUGCACGGAGUGUGGUAUUAGCUACAGUCAGAGUGGAUAUCUAGCACAGCACAUGAGGAGACACACAGGGGAGAAACCAUACAAAUGCUCUGAUUGCGACAAGUGCUUCAUCACUUCGACGUCCCGUAAAGUGCACAUGGUUGUCCACACAGGGGAAAAGCCGUACAAAUGCACGCAGUGCGGUAAGAGCUACAGUCAGUGUGGGUCCCUGAAGAGGCACAGGUGUGAGCAGCAAACCAGGACUAGGCCCUCGAUGUUGUAGAGUUGGACCGGGCCAGCUGCUACAGGGUCAACCGGACGGACCUUCCGCUGCUGCGUCACGCCAACGUCAUCCACACACCGGGCGUUUCCAAGGCACAGGGCAGAGUGUGUUGGUCUCGCUGCCCCAGGACCCUGCGCGUUCCUUCUGGUGAUCAGGGGGUGAGGUUCACGGAGGAGGAGAGGGAUACCACCGUGAGGUGGAUCCAGGAGAACUUUGGAGAAGAGUCUUUAAUGUACACCAUGGUUCUGUUCACUAGUGGAGACCAGCUAGAGGGGAAACCAGUGGAGGGCCUACUGAAGGACAACAGUCAACUGCUACAACUAAUCACUACCUGCAGGGACAGAUAUCAUGUCUUCAACAACGAGGAGAAAGGUGACCACACUCAGGUUACAGAGCUGCUGAAGAAGAUAGAGGAGAUGGUGGAGAGGAUUGGUGGAAACCACUUCAAUGUCAACACACACCCAGUAAGGGAGAAAGCAGGGUCUGGUGUGGUGGUCACCGUGGUGACGUUAGUGGCAGUUGGAGCUGUGUUCAAAUUGAUCCUUGAUGACUUAUGGAGCAAAAUGCAAGAUGGUGGGAACUUGGAGAGAAACAGACAAUGAAAGGUUGACUACUGAGAACAUUCUGUGAAAAUGAUCAAUGUAUUAUUAUGACUUGAUUGAAUUACAGAGCAUUGAUCUAAGUUUCGGUUAGACUCAUUCUUGUAAUUUAUUUACUCCCAUUUUAUGAGAGUGUGAAUGAAAAAGUCAUUUGUCAUUAAGGAGAGAUAUACAAUUGUCAAAACAUGGAAAAUAUUCAGCAGUACUGUAUCAUACAUUGUGUUAUCCAACACUUUUGUAUGCUGAAAUCAAAUUCAGUAACAAGUCAUGAAAUAAAUGGAGAAAAAUUGAUGAAAAAUAAUGAAUGAAAAUGAGAUCUACACUGAGUAUACAAAACAUUAGGAACACCUGC